AUAGAUGUGAAAAACAUUAGAUGUUUUCCCAGUUGUUUUGGACUUACCCUACAUCGAGUGAGAACUGAUACAGUUUUAUAAGUAUUGGAGUCAGACUGUCUUAUUUCAAAGCUUACUUUGCGACUGCAUGUGAUUUUUCAAAUGACAUAGGUUCAUCAUGACAAUAGAUUUACAGCAAUUUUUGCCAACAAUAUAUGACAUUUUCCACCGCCGUGUUGUUCAUUUGAUAUGGCUUAAUACAUUUUGAUCAUUUCCCUGAUACACCACGCGGGUAAAUAUUCCAUCACAGUAUUUUGUUGUUUCAAAUCAAUGAUGAUCUGUUCGCUACAAGUAAUAUUAAACAGAGAUAAGUGACAGAGAAACCCUCACUGUACUUUUUAGUAGACUGUUUCCGAAAUUAUUCGCUCCGCAGGAUGACUGGAUUUAAAAGCUAUAAACUUUAAAUGUGCUCAAACCACACAAAAAAUGGAUGAGGAAAACAGACAACUCUAUAUAUGGUUCCUUUAACAAACACAGUAAUACCAAUGAUGUUUUGAUAAAUAACUUACGUCUGACCUUCAUAACCUUAGAGCAAGCUAGAAUUACUGUGUUAUUGCGAGCAAUAAUCCUGAAUUAUGACUUUUCAAUCGUAAUCAUGCAAACAUAUGGAAACAGGUAAUAAUUUAAUUUUAAAUCCAACUUUCAACGCAUAAAGAGAGUAAGAAAGUUCGUUCCGUAAAGCAAACUGCAAAAUUAUAACAGAAAACAAGAAAUAGCGUACUUAAUAAAAUAAGUGAUUUUUCUCCAAUAAGAAAGUCUAAAUCAAUCAAUUUCUUUUUUAACCAGAAUCACGUCAUUAUAUCAGCAUUUAAUGUAACUGAAGAACUACAGAAAUCAUACGUUACAUGCUUUAACUUUGCUGGUUUACUUCUCCAAUUAGAACGAACUCUUCUUCCAAUUUUUACAUGCUUACUUUAUCUUUGCAUUUAUAGUUUGCAAUUCACUUGUACACAACAACCUUAUUUUAUAUUUCACACUAGAUCAUAGAGCUAAUACAUACACUAUAGCAGUUGUUGAAUAGCGAACAUGGAAGAAUCAACUGACGAUUUACGAAAGAAAUUAUCUGCUGUUAGUAGUUGUCUACGAGAAGCUGUGCAGAUAAUUGAAAAUUACAGCCGUCAACAAUUUCUUCUAACAGAAUCAAAGAGAAGAGAAAACAGAAGACUUGAAGCUGAAAAUGUGAAUCUUCACGAACAAAUUGAAAAGCUUGACAAACAGAUAAAAGUAACCGAGACGAAAUGUCAGGAUGAAAUUUCCAAGUUAAAACUACAUAUAGAACAGCAACGAAAAGAAAUAGACAAAUUAAAGGACAUCCACCUCCAAGAACAGAAGUUGAACGCGAACGCAAAACGUUUGAUACCUAACCAGGACGAUAAUACGAUCAAGCGCAAACUGCAGUCGUAUGACAGAAUGGAACUCAAGCUGAAGGAGACAGAAAAUAAACUGCGGUUCACAGAAAUUGAACUAGAUGAAACCAAAAAAAGACUAAGUAAAUCAAUGGGAGACCUACCAAUUGACAACUCCCCAAAAAUAGCACACUUCAGCGAUAAAAACCGACCUACUAAACUAGCUGAGAGGUAUAAAGAACUAUACGAUAACCAGUGGACAAAUGCGUAUGAAACUGUAAUCAAAAAAUACAAUGAGGAAAAAACUAUUGGGGUCUUAAUCAAUAUUUUAAUGGACACUUUUACUUUCUGUAAGAAAGAAGCAAAGAUACAAACGAAGGAAAUUCAAUAUACUAUCACACAGAAGCUUGUGAAAAAUGCACAACUUUGCUGGAAAGCUUAA